UAAGACUGAGUAGAUGAAAGAAAGAUGGAAGGAUCAGAAAUUCUAGAACUCUACGAAAUUCAAUAUUCAGAUCUCGUGCUCCUAUCAUCAUCAUUAUCCUCAUGUUCGCAUCAAGAGGAAAUGAUAAUGGAAAACCUGGGCCCAACGGGCCCAGGUCUCCUCGCUAUUGCAAACGUUCCCGACGUUUCUCUUCUCCGACGAAAGCUUCUUCAUCUCUCUCGUAGGCUGUCUCUCCAUAGGCCCGAAGAUCGCAAACGUAUUCUCAGAGAGCACAAGUUGGGGAGUGAUGUUCCAUUGAAAAACCCAGACAGGAAUGCCUCCUCUUUCGCAAUGCAGCUUAAAUAUGCUCAUGGCCCUGAAUCCAUUGAAACUAAACCAAGUCAUAGAGUAGAUAGCCAUUUGAAUUUGGAAAAUGUAAAUAUUGGUAGUACCAGUGACUUUCAGGAUGACGGAUUUGAUGAUCUUGAGAAUAUGUUCAAGGCGCUAGGAUUUUGCAUGAUGGAGCUAGGGCUUUGUCUUGCUCGAAUAUGUGAUAGGGCCAUUGGAGGCAAUGAGCUUGAGCAAAGCUUAUUGGAUUCAUGUGCAGCAAAAGGGCGCCUUAUACAUUAUCAUUCAAUGGUAGAUAGCCUUGUUCUUAGAGAAGAUGGUCGAAGGAAGGGAUCAAGUAAAAAACAUGCUAAUAAUCAUGCAAGGAGUGAGCAAAAAUUAUCGAAAGGCGCUAACUUAGACACAAAUGGUAAUGAAGUUAGGCCAUGUGAAAUUCAUCCCAACCUUUGGCAACAGUGGCAUUAUGACUAUGGUAUCUUCACUGUUCUAACUGAUCCCAUGUUUCUUCUGUCCUCACAACAAACAACAGCAAACACUGAAUUUCCCAUUUCUAGUGAUCAAGAAUGUGCUUCGCCAAGUGGGCAUUCAUACUUGCAGAUUUUUCACCCUAACAAGAAUAAAGUCCUCAUGGUGAAGUCCUCUCCUGAAAGUUUCAUUGUUCAGGUUGGAGAAUCAGCAGAUAUCCUAUCCAAAGGAAAGCUACGGUCAACCCUUCACUGUGUGUGCAGACCAGCAAGGUUGGAAAAUUUAAGCAGAGAAACUUUUGUUGUGUUUUUGCAGCCAGCAUGGAGUAAAACUUUCUCAAUCUCAGAUUAUCCUAUGGAAUAUUUCAAACCAGGCUGUCAGCCUUUGGAGGAAGCUGAGGAAAAUAACUUUGUUGAUCAGGACCAAAAUGCACUAACUCGAGAAUUUCAAAAGACAGUUCCACCACUUUCAGCACGAUUGAAGGAUGGGAUGACAUUUGCAGAAUUCUCACGUGAAACUACCAAGCAGUAUUAUGGUGGCAGUGGUUUACAGUCUAAUAAAUGAUUACUCAUUUGAUGUCUUUUUUCUGUAUGAAUAUAGGAUGUCCAUGUUGGUAGGGCGCAGUCUUUAAUCAUGUAGACAUCUUUAGUAGAGUUUUAAAUCUCCUAUUUUUUCUCACAUUGAGAUUUAUUUACUCUUAUUUGUUCCCACUAUUUAUGCUACCUUCUACCUUUUGUCAUUGACUUUUUAGCUCACCUGCUUCUUUUCCAACAUAGAAAUGUAGUUGUUGAUUUGCUUUAGUGAAUUAAUGUUUACUUUUGCCCUCUGGAAUUGAGUCAAUUGAUGUCUGUGCUUAACUUAUGCUCACACCAUUUCUUUCCUGCACAAUUGUUAGCUAUUUGUCAGCUAAAGGCCACAAUGAAA